CUCUGAACCAAAUCAAUGGCUCUCUCCAAACCCACCUUCCUUACCCACCUCAAAACCCUAGCAAAGCCCACAAUUCGCCGCCGUUUAGCGCCACCCUCUUUCAUCUCCCUCCGUUUUCUCUCCUUCGCCACCCCCGAAGAAGCCGCCGCGGAACGACGCCAGCGCAAGCGCCGCCUCCGCCUCGAACCCCCUCUUUCCUCCCUCCACCGCAACCAGCAGCAACAACAGCAACAGUCCCCAAAACCCCAAAUAAACCCUAACGCCCCCAAGCUUCCCGAACCCGUUUCGGCCCUCUCCGGCAACCGCCUCAACCUCCACAACCGCAUUCUCACCCUCGUCCGCCAGAAUGAUCUCGAGGAGGCCGCUCUCUACACCCGCCACUCCAUCUACUCCAACUGCCGACCCACCAUUUUCACCGUCAACGCCGUGCUCACCGCUCAGCUCCGCCAGUCCAAGUACUCCGACCUCCUCACCCUCCACCGCUUCAUCACUCAGGCCGGCGUUGCCCCCAAUAUCAUCACUCACAAUCUCAUCUUCCAGACUUAUAUGGAUUGUCGCAAGCCCGAUACCGCCAUGGAACACUACAAGCAGCUGAUCAAUGACGCCCCCUUCAACCCUUCCCCCACUACUUAUCGGAUUUUGAUCAAGGGGUUGGUGGAUAACAACAAAUUGGACAGGGCUAUGGAGCUCAAGGAGGAAAUUGGUGUCAAGGGUUUCGCACCGGACCCGGUUGUUUACCAUUACUUGAUGCAGGGAUGUGUGAAGAAUUCGGAUUCGGAUGGGGUUUUCAAGCUUUAUGAGGAGUUGAAGGAGAAGCUGGGAGGGGCUGUGGAAGAUGGGGUUGUGUAUGGGAACUUGAUGAAGGGGUUUUUCAUGAGGGAGAUGGAGAAGGAGGCCAUGGAUUGUUAUGAGGAGGCUGUGGGAGAGAGUUCCAAGGUGAAGAUGAGCGCCGUGGCUUAUAAUUCGGUUUUGGAUGCCUUGAGCAAGAAUGGCAAGUUUGAUGAGGCAUUGAGAUUGUUUGAUAGGAUGAUCCAGGAGCAUAACCCGCCGAGGCGUUUGGCUGUGAAUUUGGGAAGCUUUAAUGUGAUGGCAAACGGGUAUUGCGCAGAGGGGAGGUUUAAGGAUGCCAUUGAGGUUUUCAGGAAGAUGGGAGACUAUAGGUGUAGUCCGGAUGCAUUGUCAUUCAAUAAUUUGAUUGAGCAAUUGUGUAAGAAUGGGAUGCUGAGUGAAGCUGAGGAGCUUUAUGGAGAAAUGCCCGACAAGGGAGUGAAUCCGGAUGAGUUUACAUACGUUUUGUUGAUGGAUAUUUGUUUCGAGGAGAAUAGGCCCGAUGAUGCAGCUGAGUACUUCAGAAAAAUGGUUGAUGCCAAGCUGAGGCCGAACUUGGCAGUUUAUAAUAAGUUGGCUGAUGGAUUGGUUAAGGUAGGAAAAAUUGACGAGGCAAAAUCGUUUUUUGAUUUGAUGGUGAAGAAGCUCAAGAUGGAUAUUCCGAGCUAUCAGUUUAUAAUGAAGACGUUGAGUGAUGCCGGGAAACUUGAUGAGGUUCUUAAUGUGGUAGAUACAAUGCUGGAUGACGAUGGGGUUGAAUUCGAUGAGGAGGUGCAGGAGUUUGUUAAAGGGUUGCUGAGAAAGGAAGGGAGAGAGGACGAAGUGGGGAAGCUUAUGGAGGAGAAAGAAAGGCAGAAAGCUGAAGCUAAGGCUAAGGAGCUCGAGGCAGCAGAAGCAGCAAAGAGAAGUGCAAGAGCUGCUGUCUCCUCCUUACUUCCAUCCAAGUUGUUCGGCAAUAAGGAACCCGAGGCAGGCUCUACGGAGGCCACUGAAAAUGCAAGUGAAGCUGCCUCAGCGAGUGAAGCUGCAGAGACUGGUCAGGAGGAACGUAGCGGAGAAGAAGGCCAAGGUUCAGCUGAGAUAGAGUCCAAAAGUGACGGUGCAACUGAGCAGGUAUCGGUUUGAAUUUAGGUAACUGGUGAAAAUUUGUGAUAGAACGUUUUUCUCAGUUGGAAUUAGUGGGUUUAUGGGAUUGAGGCUUAUUGGAAUUGUCUUGAUUCAAAAGCAUGCGAGUUGUAUUGUUACCAAGCAAAUUGAAAAUGAAGAAAACGCCUGCUUAUUAUACAA